UCUAAACCAAAUCAAGCCGCUUCGUGUUCUUCGACCUCACUUACAUCGUCUUGAACUAUACUCUUGCAUGAUGUUAUAGAUUCUAUGAUCUCUUGCCCUUGCCUGGGUAAAUGACACGAAAAAACCUUACUCGUGUUUAGCUUUGAAUAGGUUCAGUUAAAAACCCUAACCUAAUGUCUGCCCAAAAGGUCUCUAUGCGUUCUAGAGAUUUAAUCAGCAGUAUGCCAGAUGAGGUUCUCGGAAAAAUCCUGUCGUUGCUUCCGACAAGACUUGCUGCUUCCACAUCGGUUCUGUCCAAAAGAUGGAAGAAUCUGCUUUCUCUUGUAGACGCGCUUGAUUUGAGUGACGAAAUCGGUAACCCUCGUGGUUUCUCUGAUUUUGUGGACACAACACUUGAUCUCUUAAGCAACUCUUCAAUCAUCAAAACAUUCUCUCUUACUUUUACACGCUCUUUGCGACGUCGUCAUUGUGAAUGGUCUCGAGUGGAAAAAUGGAUUCGCACUGUCCUGGAGGGUGGCUUCUUGGAACUUCACUUGGGUGGUUUUUGUACACAUCGUAUACAAUCUGAGUUCUUCACGAGCAACACACUGGUCAAGCUCACGUUAUCCAAUGAGUUUUAUCUUGAUGGUCUCGGUCCACUUGGUGGCGUGUUCUUCCCAAAGCUCAAAUCCCUUUCUCUCCUUUCAGUUGGGUUUUGGGACAAUACGACGUAUGAGUAUCUCAUCGCUGGCUGCCCUGUGCUUGAUGAAUUGUUAUUAAGUUAUGGUGAACCCUCGGAUGGUAAUGGGUUUGGGUUUAUUCCUUCUAUAGAGGUUUCGAACCCUGCCAUUAAGAGACUGACUAUCUCUUACCAUUUUCAUGGUUACGUUGAACCUCCUAUUAGUGAAUUGUUUUGGACACCAAGUCUUGUGUACCUCGACUAUUCUAGCUAUGUCGCAAGAAAGUAUACUGUUGAUUUUGACUCGCUUGUCGAAGCUAGAUUGGAUCUUAGAUCAAGAGAGGAGCGAGUUUUAGCUGUGGAAGAGGAUUGUUUUGAUGUGGAGGAUGAUACUUCAGAGGAUGAUGGAUAUGAUUAUGAUGAUGAUGAUGAUGAUGAUGUUGAUGAUGAUGAAGAUGGUGGUUUUGGUGAGGACGAUGAUAUUGAGGUUCUCGUUGUUGAUGAGGAUGUUGAGGAGGACCCAGAUGAAAUUUUACGGCCUGAUGUUACGGAUCUGGUUGCAGGGAUAAGCAAUGUUAAAACCCUUCACCUGUCAUCGGAUUCUCUUGAGAUGUUUCACUUAUACUGCAAAUCAAUGCCGGUGUUUCACAGCCUCCUUACCUUAUCAUUUGAGAGUGACAAAAAAGGAGGCUGGCAAGUAUUGCCACUUCUACUCAACAACUCUCCUAACCUAAAAACCUUAGUCAUCAAGAGUCUUGUGCACAAAGUCACAGAUAGAUGCGGGGAUGCCUGUAUUUGCAUUGCUAAAAGAAAGAAGAAGAAGAUGGAGGAAGAAGUAUGCUGCUUAUCUACAUGUCAAGUGAAGGUUCUAAACAUUUCCGGGUAUGGAGGAAGUCGUAGAGAGCUUAGACAGAUGAGUCAUUUCUUGGGAUAUUUGAAAUGUCUUGAAACCGUCAAGGUUGGUGUCAAAGCUGAGAAUCACGGAGAAGACGACAAUGUUAACAAUAACUACCAGAGAAUCACCAGUGCUCUUACUAAGCUUCCCAAAGCUUCAUCAAACUGUCAAGUUCAUUUCUUCUGAUUCCUUCUUACAAAGGAAAAUCAUUUUGAGGCUUAAUUAUCUUUUAGAAAACGCGUUAAUUGUGAUCCU